AUGAGCUGUAACACCAGCAUGGAAGUCUCCAAGGGAAACAACAUCUUCCCUCAAAACCCCUAUUACAUCCCUGGCUACGGGGGCUACGUUCCUCAGUUCACCUUCAAGUUUGGGGACACCUAUGGCAGAACCACCCACGAUCUGCUGACAGAUCCCAACAUCAGGAAGAGCCCUCGCUCCCUGCUGGCACCACUGGACAACAAGGAAAACCUCCUUGAGUUCCAUUACCACAUUGAGCACCCAGGGUAUGUCACCCACCAGCCCAUUGCGAGCCCUGCCGAGGUGCCGCUGCUGGAGGAGCCGCUGGUGGCACGGAUGGAGCCCGGGCGCUGCCCGCCGGGCACGGCCGCGCUCGGUGCCCCGCGGGCCUGGCUGCCCCCGGAGCCGCUGCCGGGGCUCGCCCUGCACCCCGAGGCCCAGGAGAUGGAGAGGGAGCUGGCCAAGCCACCCCUGGCCCGAGCCCUGGGAACAGGGACUGGAACGUGCCAGUGUCACUGCGGAGGGAGCAGGGCGCAGCUAGAAACCGGAGGCGUGGCGCUGCCAGGAGGGGUUGCAACAGCAGAUUACCCAUUGCCAGUGCUGCCUGUCCCAAAUGCCAUCCGACAGAAAGUCACUUUAGGGUACACUGGAUUCAUCCCCUGCUCCAUGGACAAUGUUGGCAUGACCUACCUCUUGUCUGUGAAGAAAGCCAUGCAGGAAUUUGACCGUCGCCAGCUUUUGGAGAGAAAUCCACCUUAUACAUUGGGCACUAGAUUCCCCCUGACACACUGGCCGGACACCAAAAUCUACAACCGUGCUGGACUCAUACCUAACUACGCUGGCUUUGUACCACACCUGCAGGACAUCAGCGGGCUCACUUACGGGGACGGCACACGGGAAUCAUACCGGUGUGAACAGAGGAGACGGGGACGUGCACUGUGA